AUGGAUCAUCUGUCGGAAGCCCCCCAAUACAGCGGAAGAUCCUUGUCGAGGGCCCAACUCUUCUUCACCGAUGAUGCUAACAUGCGCCAAUUAUGUCUCAUCCUUACUCCUCCGAGCGGUCCCUGGAAGGAUCUUUCUCUCCAUUUUGACCCCACUUCUCCAAGUAUCAAGAGCAGUGUCAACGGCAUCCAGCAUCCAAAUCUUUUCUCUUCUUUCAUUUGCUGCGAUCUCAGAAACAAUUCGUAUAGAGAAAACGGUUAUACUGGAGGCUAUUCCCCGGCAUUGACGCUCCGUGGUUUUUUCCUCCAGUUUCUAACAUUCUUCUCCACACCAAAUGUCGAACAAGACCACGGUGAUGCCAUCGAAAUCGGCGACUUCAUUGUCACUAGGUACGUCCGGGAGACGGAUGCGGCCCGACGCGCCGCCGACUUGAGUUCGCAUGGAAAUCGUUGGUAUUGCGAUAAUUGCCUUGAUCCUUUCGACUCCUUUCGACCAAGCGCUCUCGAUCCCCCGAGUAAAAUGGAACAGGAAUGGGCGUCUAACCCGUCCCCAGAAGUCAUCGUGAGCGUCUACGCCACCGAGGAUCAGGAGAUUACACACAAGACGAAAGGCGGAGGACAGCCUGAUCCCAUGCGUGUGCACAUGAUGGAAUAUCAAAUGGAGCCAGACCCUAAGGCAAUUUCGAAUUGGACCUGGAAAUGCCCAUACGGUUCACAAGCUUUCCCUCAUUACCUACUGUCUGCACAAAAAUCUAUGGCCAUGGACAUCGGUGAACCUUCGCUGUUGCUCGCUCAUUCAGCCACAUGUGUUCUCGAAAACAUUCCUGACGAUAUUUUCUUUACGCUCGCCACUUAUCUCCCCUCAGAGACUGUCCUCAUCUUUUCAGAAGCUUAUCCUCGCUUCCGCACUAUUGUGGAAUCAGCUCACGAGCUCCUUCGGCGGGAGCUGCAGUGCUUCUUCUUGACGCCUCUCACCAGUUCCAUCCUGGGCAUCGGUGUUGCUUGGGAUCCCCGACAACGUACAUUAACAUCCGAUUUUGAUUGGCUGAGCGAGGAAGCGUUCAUGAAAUUUGGCGUCAGGAGGAGCAUUCAAAAACGGGCGUUCCAAUAUUUUCUUCCUCUGGCGUUCAGUCGUCUGCACUUCCUGCGGGUUCAGGAUAAGAUUUUGGGGGCAUUACUGGUAAUAUACAGGGACGAGCAGCAAGUAGACGGCGCAUCACUUCAGCGGACGCAAGGAGCCUCUUUAUUCAGACAACCCGAAACGCUCAAUGUGUUGCCAUCUGAGCUGCUCCUUGUCAUCUACAGAAUGAUGAACAACAUUGUUGUGGCACUCAUGAAGUCUUGCGACGACGUCCUGACUACUCGCAAUGGUGCUUCAUCGACGACGACUCUCCUCCUUGCAUCCGAGAAAGCCGUCUACUCGUACUGUCAUCUCUUCCAUCUCCUCUUAUGCCUCUCUCGUUCGAACCCAAACAUUCAGCAAGACGCUACGAAAAAAAUUUCCGAUUUUAUCACUCAGCCGGGCACUCGUGUCAAGGCCAGCAUUCCUGACCUCGGCGAGUUCAUUGUGCUUGUAACACUUGCCCUCGCUUCUGGAAAAGGCGAUGUUCUUAGGGACCAUCCGGAGCUCGAGGAGAUGGAAGAGGGCAGAAGCGAUCAUCGCCUGAACACGACGUUCAACCACUCCAAGACUAGCCUGCGACUGAUGAUGUUCCAAAUCACAUUCUUGACGAUAUUUGUCGAAACACAUUCUUCUGAUUUGGGACGUUUGGAUGACAACCACGGAUUUGCAGAGGAAGAAAUUCCGGAGAAGAUGGUUGAUGCGAUCAAGGACAUAUAUAAGGUCGGAGACUGGCCUACAUUUUUUGAGAAGGUUCAGUAUGUGCGAGGCAAGUCGUUUGGCGCAGUGAAGCAUUCUCAGUUAUUGAGGGAUGCCGUGAGGGUCAAUGCUGAGCGUGGGUAUCACAAGCCUGCGAAUGUACGGAAUACGAACGGAUUGCCGAAUUCCAGGAACCAAGGGGAUAGGAAGGGGGGAACGAGGGGAAUCAUCGUGACCCAUGAAGGAUACGCCAUCUUGUCGUAUUUUAAUUGUAUCAUCCUCACUGGAUGUAUCGGUGAACCUUGGAUCCAACGAUUGUCUCAUCCGACGUCAAUAUAUGAUAAUUCUGUCUCUGUCUUGUCCAACGAAACUGAAAAACACUUGCCAUGGACAAUCUCGAAUAAAUAUUACACUGCUGAGGUCCAUUUCUUGGCACGACAGAUUAAGGGACUCGCACCCUACCAUUUGCAAGAAAUUCCUGCGUUAAUAUUUGUUUGGGAAAAAGGGGAGGCCUACAAACACCAUAUUCAACGACUCUCUAAAGACUUUGGUGGCUCAGAACCGGAAGUUUCACUUGCUGUACGUGUCCCGGCCUCGACGACGCCUCCCGAAGAAGAUAAGGAAGAUGAAGAAGAAACUCUGGAAGAUGAUAAUGCCGUGGAUGAAUUUGUAUCAUCUCGUGGUUUCGAGUUCGUUGACGCCUCUGGCGGAGAACACACUGAAAGCACAGAGGAACUUGAAAGCAUAUCGAACGGUAUACCCUCUCUUCCUCGUGUUCUUGAUGCUCUGAGCACAAUUAUGUGGCCUUCCAUGCAAACAUCCCAAAAAUCCUCGCGUAUCGCCACUCGGAGUUGGAAAGGCAACGCUGCGUUCCUUGAAUGGGCGCAAUCAUCGUUUGAUACGUCCGACACCUCCCCUGACGAAGACAACGUGGUCACCCGCGACUCUGACCAACAAAGUGACCAUAAGACGAGACUUCAAAAGGAAAUGGACGAACUUGCAAAAUGGCUUCAGGAUGGCGAAGAAUAUACGAAAGAUAACCCUUGGAAAGUUCCGGGUGUCAUCACGUCCCCAGCAGAGAUCGACGACGACGUAUGGGGAUCUAGAGAAAAAUCUACUAUCACAAAGGGCGCUGUGGACGCGUUUGAUGAUGAUUUCUCUGUCUUCGUGUCUGCUCCCGCGGAGACAGAAUCUAAAGGAAAUAGACAGCGCUACACAACUGAAGCAGACAGCAAAGUGUCUUUCGAGACAUCCUUUGACUCGUCUUUCGAUUUUGAUCGACUUGGUCCAUCGCCACUGGGAGUGACGUACCAUGCGUUGGGUAGUGCGUCCGACUUGGGUGACCCUCAGGAGUCAGGGAUUCCACAUCCUGAUACAACGGAGAGCGACGACGAAGACUUACCCUCUCAAGACGAAAUCAAGGAGAGUGCUCAACGCAUAUUUGGCACCCAGGGAACAUCAAGUUCUGACGAUGGCAUUGAAGGCGAUGAUUUCGAACUUGCGCCAUUUGACAUUGGCCAGGUGAUGAGCGCUCUCCAAGGAAUGAAGGCUGAGAUUGCUGGCAUCGAAGAGAAAAGUGAGAGGCGGAAGGCGGCGGCUAGAAUUACGCUUGGUUUGGUUUAUGGCUUGGAAAGAGAUACAAAAGUAGGAGGGGAUUUUGAUCUUGAUCCCGAGACAGAAAAUUAG